AUGGAAGAACCGAUUGCCAUUGUCGGUGUGAGCGCCAGACUUCCUGGAGAUUGCGACACACCAGAGCGGUUCUUUGACUCUCUGCUCGCCGGGAGGUCGGCCCGGACGGAGGUGCCGCAGGAGAGAUACAAUGCAGACGCCUUUUGGCACCCGAACGCAGAUAGGAGCGGCGCUACACGAGUGCGCCACGGUCAUUUCCUCAAAGGCAGCAUUUCGGCGUUCGAUGCGCCCUUUUUCUCCAUUACGCCGACGGAAGCACGGAGUAUCGAUCCACAACAGCGAGGAAUGCUGGAAAGCGUGUACAAAGCCCUCGAGAAUGCCGGGAUCUCCCUAGACAAAGUGGCCGGGUCGCAGACCGGCGUAUACGUCGGGUGCUUCACGGCGGAUUACAACGACCACAUAGCCAAAGAUCUGGACAUCCCAAAUAAAUACUCCGCACUAGGUACAGUUGCAAGUAUGCUCAGCAACAGAGUCUCCUGGUUCUUUGACUUCCGAGGCCCAAGUGUGACAGUCGACACGGCCUGCUCAAGUAGUCUUGUAGCAGUGCACGAGGCGUGCAUGAGCCUGAAGCUCCGCGAAAUAUCCAUGGCCAUCGUGGGCGGAUGCAACCUUAUCUUGACUCCCGAGAUGACGCUAAAGCUUGACGCGGCGGGUGUCCUGGGCCCAGACGGCAAGUCGUACAGCUUUGACCACCGAGCAAACGGGUAUGCCCGCGGUGAGGGAUUCGGGACUGUAGUGCUCAAGCGGGUGUCGGACGCAAUCCGCGACGGAGACGUCAUCCGUGCCGUCAUUCGGGGCUCGUCGACGAACCAGGACGGCCGAUCCCCCGGCAUCACGCAGCCGACAAAGGCCGGCCAGGUCGCGCUGAUCAAACAUGUCUACUCCCGAGCAAAUCUGGACCCCUCGCUUACAAGAUUUGCCGAGGCCCACGGAACGGGUACACCAGUGGGCGAUCCCAUCGAAGCGAGCGCACUGGCUGAGAUCUUUGCGCCCCAUCGAUCACCGGACGAGCCUCUCUACGUCGGUGCGCUAAAGAGCAAUGUUGGUCAUUUGGAGGGUGCCGCUGGAGUGGCCGCCGUUAUCAAGGGUGUGUUGACGCUUGAGAGCGGUGUCAUUCCUGGCAACAUUUGGUUCGAAAAGAGGAAUCCAAAGAUCCAUGACUCGUGGAACCUGAGAUUUCCAACAGAACCGACGGUAUGGCCCCAACGGGGGCUGCGUCGCAUGUCGAUUAACUCUUUCGGCGUCGGUGGCAGCAAUGCGCAUGUCGUGAUGGAUGAUGCAUUUCAUUUCUUGAAGCAGCACCGGCUUGUUGGUAACCACAGGACUGAGGCGAUCCCAAAUAUUCCCCGGCAUUUGAAUGGAGGGUUAACAAACGGUAAUCAUCGUGUCAAUGGGUUCCACCGUCCAUCAGACAGCGGUGUAGAUCUGAGUGGAUACGAUAGCGAGGAUCUUCCGCGGCUGUUCGUUCUCUCGGCGAACGACCCAGAUGCUGUGUCACGUCUCAGGAAAUUGUACAAAGACUACCUGACAACAAAACUAUCUCUAAGCUUGGGCGAGACCGCUCAAUUGCGCUUUUUGAGAGAUCUCAGCUAUACCUUGGCGUCAAGGCGAACACAUCACUCAUGGAGAUCAGUGAGCAUCGCCAGCUCGCCAAGUCAACUCCAAAAGGCCCUCGAAGGCAGUCUUACCCCGGUAAAAGCAAAGCCAAACCCUCGUCUAGCCUUCAUCUUUACUGGCCAAGGAGCGCAAUGGGCGGCCAUGGGUAUAGACCUGUUGGCUUACCGGGCUUUCCAGGAGAGCCUCCUCGCAGCUGACAGAUACCUGAACGAUCUUGGCUGCAAGUGGUCGUUGACAUUUGAACUAUCCAAGCCAAAAGUUUCUUCUCGAAUCGACGAUCCGGAAUUCUGUCAGCCAAUAUGCACGGCUUUACAGGUGGCUUUGCUGGGCAUCUACCCUCAUGCAAUCACCGGCCACUCGUCGGGUGAGGUCGCUGCAGCCUACGCCGCCGGAGCAAUCUCCAGAGAAGCAGCGUGGAAAGUUGCUUACCACCGCGGAAGACUAAGCGCUCAGUUAGCUCGCUCUGAACUGCGUCCCAGAACUGGCAUGGCUGCUGUUGGUUUAGACAAGGCCACCACUGAGGCUGCCAUUGAUCGUGUUAACCAGCUGGGCGGCGCUGGGACCUUGGAGAUUGCCUGCAUGAACAGCCCUGACUCUCACACAGUCAGCGGUGAUGCCCAGAAGAUUGAGGAUCUUGUUGAGAUGCUCAGCGGCGAAAAGGUGUUUGCGAGAAAGCUUAACGUUGAGAUCGCAUACCACUCCCAGUACAUGAAGGCCAUGGCCGAUGAGUAUCUCCAGGCGAUGGGUGAUCUUGAACAGGGAGUACUAAGAAGCCCCUUUGAGCCCCGGUUCUACUCAUCAACAAUGGGUGUUCCGAUAGCGCUCUCGCAACUUCGACAACCGGCCUACUGGGUCAAGAACUUGGUGUCGCCUGUGAGAUUCACGGAGUCAGUUACCGAGCUGCUCAAAAGCUCUUCGCACCCUAAAGUCAAUGCGCAUGUCAACCGCUUCGCCAACGGAGACUACGGGGACAAUAGCGAAGAAACCGGGAUGAAACCCAUCACCGACUUCCUAGAAAUUGGCCCCCACAGCGCUCUGAAGGGACCGCUGUCUAGUACAGUCAAACAAGUCCAAGGCACCUCUAAGAUUGACUACCACUCUCUACUUCGUCGCCAAAAGCCUGCUGUAGAAACUACACUGGAAGUUGCCGGCUCUCUCUUUUCCCAGGGAUAUAGCGUCACCCUUGCCCAAGUCAACGAGGCGGACGAGCCACAUGGACCCAAGCCUCUCAUGCUGACGAAUCUCCCGGCUUAUCCAUUUGAUCACUCGAAAGAGUACUGGGUUGACAGCACAUUGAGCGAUCACUAUCGAAAGAGACCCGUUGGCCGGCAUGAGCUACUCGGGGCUCCCAUGCCGGGUUUCAACGAGAACAACGGAGCAUGGCAUAACUACAUCCGACUCACUGAGAGCCCGUGGAUUGAGGACCACAAAGUCUCGGGAGAUGUUUUGUAUCCCGCUGCUGGCAUGCUCGUAAUGGCGAUCGAGGCGAGUCGACAAGUCGCCGAAAAGACCAAGGUUCUCAAGGGAUUCAGAUUCCGAGAUGUCUCUUUCAAGCUUGCGCUACGCGUGCCUGACGAUGCAAACGGUGUCGAAUCGCAGUUUUACUUGCGUCAACACCGGGAAUCAAGCGUCUCAGCCGCAUCUGCAUGGAAAGAGUUCCAGCUUUGGACCUUGCAGAACAGCGAGUGGAGAGAGCACUGCCAUGGAUUCGUUAAAGCAGAGUAUGAGCUUGAAGACUUCACUGCCUUUUCAGGUCCUGGCGGCGACCUUACGAGUGACAACCUCGGGUGCACAACUGAGGCAUCUGUCGACAAGCUAUACCGUAGUCUUUCAAAGUCGGGGCUAGAAUUCGGUCCAACCUUCCAGACCUUGAGCAACGUACGCCUUGGGCAGAAUCUUAACAUGGUUGCCACAGUCGACUCGCCCGGAGAAAGGAUCAAGAUGGUAAUGCCACACCAUUACGUCCAGCCCCAUCUAGUGCACCCUGCCACUCUCGAUGCCAUCGUGCAUGCCAAUCUUGCACCACUAGUUUUGAACCCCAGACACUCCAACUCGACUAGGGUGCCGACCUACCUAACUGAUGGAUGGGUUUCGGCGUCUCCCGAUCUGGCCCAUGACUCCUACAAGGUAUCCGCAGAGGCCGAAAUCCAGGGUCGGAAUGAGGUUACCGCUGAGGUCACAGCCACACAUCCGGAGCAAGGUCAAACAAUGGUUUACAUGUCGGGUCUAGUCUUCCGAACUAUUUCACGAAGCACGUCCAACAAGGCCAAGGACACGUCAGUGCACCCCGCCUUCAAUAUCGCAUGGAAACCGGAUCCCUGCUUUCUCAACAGAGAGCAGGCUUCAAAGUUGUACGCGUUGCCUACAACGCAAGCAGACGACCCUUCCUCAUGGAUGAAGGACGCCGAAGCGCUGUGUCUCGCGUACAUCCGUCGCUAUAUCAACACAGUGUCCAAAGAUGUGACUGGCGACAUGGUCUGGUAUCAUCAACGAUACGUCUCAUGGUUCCAGCAUGUUGUUCGUCAAUCCUCGAUCGAGCCUACCAGCGAAGACAUCGCUGAACUCGAGGCCAGAGUCAUCACCUCGGGAGCUUCUGAAGGGAAGCUGAUUAUCGCUGUUGGCAACGCGCUGAGCGAAAUCCUCAAAGGAGAGCGUGACCCCUUAGACGUCAUCUUCAAGGACAAGCUGGCGGAAGACGUCUACAAAAACGGCCUCGGCUCAAAGCGUUGCUACGUACAGCUCUGUAGUUACUUGGACGCUCUCGCCUACAAGAACCCUGCUAUGGAGAUUCUUGAGAUCGGUGGCGGUACCGGCGGCGCCACUCGCCCGGUUAUGGCGACGCUGACGAAGGACGGUCGUCGGUACAAGCGAUACGACUUCACCGAUAUCUCACCUGCCUUCUUUGAGCCGGCCAAAGAGACUUUCAAGGACGAGCAAGGACAUAUGAGCUUCCGCGUUCUUAACGUCGAGAAUGACCCUUUAACGCAGAACUUCGACGCUGGCAAAUACGAUGUGAUUGUCGCGGCCAAUGUUCUGCACGCCACAAAGAAGAUCGAUGCAACGCUCAGCAACGUCAGAAAGUUGCUCAAACCUGGCGGAAAGCUUCUUCUUUUUGAGAUCACCAACACGGAGAUACUUCUCGGGAGCUUCUGCUUCGGUGUCCUUCCAGGAUGGUGGUUGUCAGAGGACAAGGACCGCAUCUGGGGCCCCUUAAUGUCUCCAAUCUCGUGGAACCACCAUUUGAGCAACACGGGUUUCAGCGGCCUUGACGCUGUUUUUGAUGACUUUUCCUCAUCGCCGUAUCAAAUGAGCUCUAUCCUUGUGUCUACUGUUCCCCAGUCAGACGAAACACUUACAUCGUUGACAUCAAGCCAUAUAUUGACGAGUGGUACACCUGUGCAACUCAAGCUUGCCGAAAACAUUUGUCGAAGCAUCAAGCAAGAUGUGUCUUGUGACAUUACCCCUAUCGGUGCAAUCGCCGAAAAGGAAUUGACUGGCUCGGCAUGUAUCGUAGUGUCUGAGCUUGACAAGCCUGUUUUAGCGAACAUGACCGAAGAAAUCUUUGCAAGCUACAAGGAAGUAUUCAGUCAAAGCAAGGUCAUUCUUUGGGCCACUCGAGGACAGACUGCUACAACGCCAGAUCCCGAUGUGGAGUUGAUUACCGGUCUUGCGAGAGUUGUUCGUUCCGAGAGACCAGAUGUUAAGUUCCUUACUGCGUGCUUUGAGGCAACGGCAACUGAGGACUUGAUCGCUGAGAAGUGUGUUCAAAUACUUCGGACAGCACAAAAUACUGCAGAAAACUCGUUCAGAAUUGUGGACAAUGUCAUCAAGAUACCUCGACUCGUCCAGGCAAGAUAUCUGACGGAGCACCUUCAAGCUCAGACGGGAUCUGCAAGUGUACUGGACGAGCCCCUUGGCGACAAAGCUUCACGUUCCCUGGCUUUGCAAGUGGGCAACAUUGGACAUAUUGAUUCGCUCAGGUUUGAGGAUGAUGCAAUCUUCGAUAUGACACUGGGCGACCACGAUGUUGAGUUCAAGACCAUGGCUUGCGGACUCAUGAUCAGAGACUUACUCUCAGCUCUUGGCAAAGCCGACGAAUCAGCUUUAGGGUGCGAGGCAUCCGGCAUCGUUACCAGGGUCGGUUCCUCGUCUAGAUUCCAAGUCGGCGAUCGAGUCUUCGGUCUAUCUGUCUCAGGCGCCAUCAAGACCCACGUGCGGUCCACGGACGGGCUCCUGGCCAAACUACCCGACGGGGUGAGCUGGGCUCAUGGCGCAGUCCUUCCAGUAGAUUAUACGGCUGCUUACGCGGUUCUUUGCGAGCUUGGAUCUCUCCGCAGAGGCGACGCCGUCCUGAUUCAAGGUGGUACAUCCACACGUGGACUAGCCUUGAUCCAAAUCGCCAAGCUGCAAGGCGCUGAAGUCUAUGCGACUGUCAGCAACCAGGCGGAGCGCGAAGCCCUCGCCAAUGUGUGUGGCAUUCCACACGACCUUAUCUUUGAUGGCCGCCACAUGUCACUCAAAUCGUCGCUUCAGAAUAUGACCAAGGGUCGCGGUGUCAAUGUUCUCGUUACCACAACCGACACGACCGGGUUUAUGGACGACGCAGUUGGCUGCGUUGCGCCAUUUGGGCGCAUUGUUAGCACCGGCUCAGACAUUUCCAUCUCCAAUGCGCGCCUCCUUAGAGGUCGCAACAUCCGCCUUGAGUCUUUUGACUUGAUUGCCUCCGCUUCCCACGAUCUUCCCCGUACAGAAGGCUUGUUCCAACGCAUGGUGGACUUCAUCUCAGCCAACUGGAACAGUAUUAACCGACCGGCACCCGCCGCUGUCUACCCAUUUUCUCAAGUUCAGGAUGCGUUCCAUCAACUACAGUCCGAAGGACAAAACUCCAAGAUAGUCUUGGAGCCUCAUGCCCAAGAUAUCGUACCGGUCUUAUCUAGCCAAAAGCCAACGAGCUUUUUUGACCCUGAGGCGUCUUAUGUCAUUGCUGGUGGUCUCGGUGGGCUUGGAAGAUCGAUUGCACGCUGGAUGGCGUCUCGAGGAGCUAAGAACCUCAUCCUUCUUUCAAGACGUGGUCCGGUUGAGAAACCUGCGAUCGAUGUCGUCAGCGAACUCAAGUCUGUCUGCGAUAACGUAGUCACGCCGGCUUGCGAUGUGACGAAUGAGGAAGCCUUUAGAAAUGUCAUGACUGAGCUCUCGGCAAAUCUGCCGCCCAUCAAAGGCUGCAUUCAAGGAUCCAUGGUCUUACAGGAUAACCUCCUCCAAAACAUGUCGCUAGAAAAUUGGGAAGCGGCCAUUCUUCCCAAGGUCGUCGGGUCGCGGAACCUAUGCAACCUCCUCGGCGACAAGGUAGACUUUUUCGUUUUUCUCUCCUCAUUUGUGAGCAUCAUUGGCAACCCCGAACAGGCGAAUUACGCUGCAGGUGGUACGUUCCAAGAUGCCUUGGCGCACAAGUUGGUUGCGCAAGGCAUCAACGCUGUCUCGAUUGACCUUCCCAUCGUCGAGGGUGUUGGCUACGUGGCUGAGAAGCCGGAACUUUGGGACUACCUUCGCUCUACCGGAUGGAGUCACAUCUCGGAAGAUGAGUUCUAUGCCGUUUUGGACUACCAUUGCCGGCCCGCAGACAAGCCGGUGGAAGUCUCCAGAGCGCAAGUUAUCCCGCGACUUUGGUUACCACAAGAGACCGCCGUUGAGGGCUAUCAGUCGCAGUCGUGGGCUGAAGAUCCUCUGUUCAGCCACCUUCAACAAACAGAUAAUGACAAAACCGUUGGCAGCAGUGAGACCAACAAGACCCUCAACCACAAAGCACUUCUUCAAGGUGCUUCUUCAUGGGAGCAAGUAGAGAGUAUUGUUCUAGACGCACUGCUCCUCAAGAUUGCGCGAAUGCUCAGCAUCGAAGUGUCGAACCUUGAGAUCUCGAAGCCGCUACAUGCAUACGGCAUUGACUCUCUCACUGCGGUCGAGCUCCGAUCCUGGCUCAUGAAAGAGCUCGGUGCUGAGGUGUCUGUUUUCGACAUCACGAAUAAUUCAAGCAUCUCUCAUUUGGCAGUAGUCGCUGCAAAGAAGAGCAAUUUGGCACCUGGUCUUGGCGGGAAUUAG